GCGGCAGUGGCGGCGGCGGCAGCGGCAGCGGCGAUCAUCACAUGAUUUUUGACGUUGUAGCGCUGCUGCACCGUUCGUUUUCGAACAUGGCCGCGGCGGAAUGCGAAGCGAAGGAGGGCACCUCCUCGGCGGACCUGUUGAAAACGCCGGUGCUGUCGGACGAGACCGUCAACGCAAUCCAGAAGGAUGAGGACCCCGGCAAUCCGUUGCAGACAUCGUGGACCUUCUGGCUCGACAAAGCCAUCCCUGGCACAACCACGGAGGAGUACAAAAACAACCUGCAGAAAAUCUAUACCGUAAACACCGUGCAAACUUUUUGGGCAGUCUUCAAUAACAUACCAAAUGCCGGAGAUAUGCAGGUUAAAUAUAGUUACCAUUUAAUGAGAGACGACAGAUACCCUUUGUGGGAAGACAAACUGAAUCAAAAGGGAGGAACCUGGAGAUUAAAGUGCCAUAAAAAUGAUACCGAACGUGUGUGGAAAGAAGUGGUGCUUGCAGCUAUUGGAGAGCAGUUUGCCACGGAUGUGGCUAAGGACGAUGAAAUUUGCGGGGUGACAGUAUCUAUUCGCGACAGGGAGGAUCUCAUUCAAAUUUGGAACAUAAACGCUGACCUAGUAUCAAAAGCUACGGUUUUACUCAAAGUCCAUUCUCUAGUGCCUAACAUAAACUUCCUGGGGGAGUUUUAUAAGUCUCAUAAGUCUCAUCACGCGUACGGGAGACAUUAAAUAUGCAGCAACUUUGUGAUGAAGAUUACAUAUAUAUAUAUUGAACCAUUAAGUAUAUAAGAUUACAGACAAUAACGAAGGUAUGUUUAUAUAAAUUUACAAUGUUCGUAUUAUUGAAUAAUAUGAACGAAAGUCUCUUCUUUAGAAACUUUAAAACACAAAGAAUAUGUCGAGAGGAAGAGAGUUAUUCAUUAUAUAUAACGUAUGUGAUUUAAAAGUUUGUUAUUUGUGAAUUUUAUUUAAAUGCGCAUUAUUCGAUGCGUUGUUUACACGCUGGACAUUCGAUAUCUUUCAGAAUCGAAUUGCUGUUGUAACCGUUUUACAAACGCGAAAUAUAUUUUUAUAUUUACUAUG